UGCUGACGUCACCGCUCGCUCCUGUCAGUCAACGCCAAAAUAAGAAACCGAGGAGAAACUUUUCCGCCGAGCUCGCGUGAGAUCGAUCGCCCGGAGGAGAAGCCGCGAGGCCGCCGUGUUGUCCCCGUGUUGUCCCCGGGGCUGUGAUGGUCGUAGUCCGGCCGCGACGCCGCCCAGGAGCCCGUGUUUCCCCCUCUCCUCUGCCGGGGACGCUCGCAGGGAGGCUGCGGGGCUGGAGCCGCGUAGCCGAGCGCUGCUAGCUAGCGUCAACCAGUGGGACCGUGGAGCGACCGGAGGCUGAUCCGGGCUCGUCCGCCUGACACAGACCUGUGCGCCGGGGAGCAGGUGAGUGAUGGAGACGAGGGAGUUGACCGUUGUAGCUGGCAGCUUCGUGAGUUUCCAGCUACUCUUCUCAGUGGCCAGCCCGCUGCUGUCGUCCGCCAUCGCCCCGGGCUAUGGACGGCUGCCUCACACCAAACUGACCGAGUGGAACUCCAGGUUGGUGUCGACCGUGCACGCUCUCGUUGUGGGUCUGCUCUGUUUGUAUAUCUUGUGGUUCGAUGACGAUGUCAACGCCAACCCCGUCUGGGGCGAACCCGGGCUCGUCAAACUCAACGUGGCCAUAACAUGUGGUUACCUCCUCUACGACCUUGUGCUGCUCGCCUGUAACUGGAGGACUAUGGGGGACAGGUUUUUCGUCUGUCACCACUUGGCGGCGCUCUACGCAUAUGGAUAUGUGCUGAGUCGUGGCGUGCUUCCUUACUUUGCAAACUUUCGUCUUCUCUCGGAGUUGUCGACACCGUUUGUGAACCAAAGGUGGUUCUUUGAGGCACUGAAGUUCCCCCGCGGACACUGGAUGGUGGUGUCCAACGGCGUGGCCAUGGCGGUGGUGUUCUUCCUGGUACGCAUCGCCGUCAUGCCGUCGUACUGGUUCAGCGUGUUCGCCACCUUCGGCACGGAGGAGUUCGAUCGGCUGGGUUUGGGCGCCCAGGUGGCCUGGAUCACCUCCUGCAUCGCCCUGGACAUCUUGAACACUAUCUGGAUGUACAAGAUCAGCCGGGGCUGCUACAAGGUCAUGAUGGGGAGAGUGGGAGGAGGAGGAGGAGGAGGGCGGAAGGUGAAGGACGGAGCAGAGGAGUCCUCUUCCCCCCCGGACGGGAAGUGCGUCAACAACCACACGGACUAAAGAGACGUAGAGUACAGGACACAAGCAGGGAGGCAGGCUGCACUCAGCAUCCUCCCCCCCCCCCGCUCCAAGCCCUACAGUUAGCCCCUGAUCUCGUUGGCUACUGGACCCGGGCUCCGACUCCUCAGGCUCCGCCCCCGUCACCGGACGAGGAGACGGCUCUUUGACUGACUCAAGCACCAGCCUGGUUUUUCACCGACAGACUGGUUUCCUGCUGGGAGGCGGCUUCAGACAGAGCUCACAAGCACACGUUCAACUCCACUCGCCACCGCCGCCAUUUUCCUCCCUCUCACCCCCCCCUCCCCGUCAGUCUCCUGUCACACUCGACUUCAGCCAAAGCCCACCCCUCUGAAGAGCCUGUGACCGACAGGAGAGCAAUAAUCCCGGAGGAACAACAUCACGACGCUCACCGCUGUUUGUCCCCUCUAGACGACUUCCCUCUCUCGGUCGCGGCUGCUCCUGAAGAACGACCUCUUCUGUUUUUAAUACCCUGUCCACGCUCGAGGAGCCCCCCCCCCCCCACCCCCCGUCAGACCCGUCAGACCCGUGCAGUGUUUGUGAAUCUUACAGGGCUCUCAUCUGGAACUCAUCUGACCUCACGACAAAAAAAAAAAGAGACAGUAAAAACACCAUAAUGCCUCUUCUACAGUUUCACCUGCUGUGGCCUCCUUGUGACAUGUGGCGCCUGCCGAUAUCACCAGCCCUCCAACCCUCCUCAUGAUUUGAAUAAAUAUAAAGUAGAGCAGUGAGUAUGCAGGAAAGGGAAAAGACACGCCCUCUAACACCUUUAACUUCACGCAGGACGAUUUAUGCCUUUUCAGUAUUCAUCAGGUCUCUUCAGUCUCUGUCUCAGUAACGCGUCUCAAUCUAAUAUCAACAUCCAUCCAUCGCAACCCUCUGCCUCACUGGACAGAGCUCCACCGUCCAGCUCCGACAUUUGAUUUGGUUCUACCUCUCCCCCGGCCUUACAGACACCCGGUCGAUCCCUUUCCGUGUGAUCUGAUCAACUCCCUCUUUUCUUUCGACUCUUCUGUACGUAGCCUUCUGAGUGUGGUGUGUGUGUACUGGUGUCACUGGUGCAGAGGGGCCGUCUGCUGGGCCCAGGCCGUGCAGGGAAACGCAGUGACAUCACUUUUCUCACUAAAACGUCCAGUCAGUGUCGAGCACCCCCCCCCCCCGAGGCUUUUUAUACUUCCAUUUAUUCUCAGUAACCCUGAGGACCUGAUGGAGGACAGGGGGUUCACACACACACACAGAUGAUAGCAUGCUAACCACACACUGUACUUGGUGCCCUUCUCCAACACUGACGUGGUGCUCCUCUGUUUGCUGAAUGUUAGCAAAAUGACUUUUUUCAAAUUCUUUUCUAUCUACUACUCAGAUUUAUAAUGGAUGUACCGACCUGUGACAACAACAUGCUGUCCAAAGCAAUCUGCAUGUUUGUUUUUUUCUUUCUGUAUAAAUGUAUAAAUCAUGUCUCUAUCGCAUGGGGAGAUUGACAUAUUUCUGUGAUGCCUUAGUGAAUAGUUUCUGUAGAUGAAUAACAUCUAAACAUGAAUUGCAUUGAUCUAAUGCUGAAAUGGUUUGUCUUCCAAACACAGGUGAUGUUUUUGCCUCUGGGAGGAAACUGACUGCAUGAACGUUAGCUUCCUCUCUGCUGCCCUGCAUGUCUGUACAUAGUCUCACAUACAGUAACUCUGCAGGAACCUUUCUCCCACUGUAUGGCUCACUCACUGAUCCUGGCCCGAGUUCUGCAGAAUGGUUAAAUUCAGUUUUCACAGGCGACGUCACGACAGACAGAAACACAAGAGGUUGAAGAUACAGAUGCUCUCAUUUUGACUUCCUGUUUUUGUGUUUGCUUUAACGAGUCCUCCACCAGUACAGCAUUGUGCUCCUGUGACACUUUCAGACUCACAAUGUCAGUUGUUUGCUUUUUUGAUUUUUAAAGGGGGAAAAGAGUCGAUGCAUUAGAACCAGAGAUCUCCGUCGGGUUUCAAAAACACUAUGAAAUUACACUUGUCCAUUGAGUAGUUGUAAAUCUGCAGCCAGGUGUAACGAGACAGAGACUUUAAGAAGAAACACUGGAAAACCAUAACUAGUUAUCAUGUUUUAUUAACUCUAUGAACUGUCUCCUCUGCUCCACACACAUCAGAUGGGAGCUGGCACUUAAGUUGAUCUCUUUAAUGGAGCUAAUGGUUCAGUCCCAUUAGCUUCACGUGGGUCGUGAUAGAUUCAGGAAGUCUGAGCACCCCCCCCAGCAUCGUUAUGCUCCCAGUGGCUAACUGGUGCAGAGAUGAGGAGCAUGUCCGCUUCACUCUUUAUUCCUAACGUCUAGUUUCCAUCCCCCCGUCACUCGAGGCAUUUCUCUCAUCGAUCUUUGCACAGCUCCUCCCGGAGCCACACCAGGCUUCACCCGACCAGUACGUCCCAACGUCUGUGAACAAAUCUGAAACCAGUUGGAUUUCCCAUUUAAGUAUCCGUCGUUGCAUAGUUGGUCUGAGAAUGUGUGGAGGUGUUUUCACUGGAACCAUGACUCAGCGAUCUCCUGUUGUUCUGUCUGUCACCACGGGGGGAGGGGCCACAGUAACUCGUGCCUUCACACAAACGGUGGAUGUGAUUCAGGCAGAUUUGGAUUAGCAUGAUCUUUGUAAUAAAUCUCCAGUGAUUGUUUCCCCUCUAUGCCGUAUGUAUACUCUGUGUAUAUUUUUAUAAUCUGCCUGCACAAUGAUUAAUCCGGCCAAGUAUUAUAAUCCAAAACUGAUCCGUCGUCAGGAGCCUGUUGUGUGUAGAAUUUCUUUGUUGUGCUCCCCUGAUUACAGAGGAUGUGUGUGUCUGUGAAUGUUGUGAGGGGUCGUCCAGUGGCAUUACGAUGAGCUCUGAUGAAAACUGAAAAUCAAACUAUAUAUUUUUGACACGACCUCUCGUUCCUCCGGCCUUCUCAACGCAAAACUGUGAAUAGACGUAGAAUAAAAGCUGUAACUGUUCAGUCUAGAUAUUAACGUGAUCGGGGGGGGGGUGGGGGGGUUUGACGACACGUCCUGCGGCAGCGUCACGCGUGUUCUGGAAUGUCUUUUAGUUUGAACGUUGAAACUGAACUUUUGUACUUGUCAGGAUUUUCUACAGAAUAUAUUUCCAGCCCUGAUAUUUGUGCUGAAUCUCAAAAACCUGGAGCUGCUUGGAAAUCGACAGAAUGAAGUGAAGAGGCUGAGACGGCACUUAGCACGGUGUCAGGUUAGAACAACCCGAUUGCCUUUGUUCUUUUGGGGGAGGCCAUUGUUCAUUAUGUUAUAUAAUGAAUAUAUUUAAAAAUUAAAUUUAUAUAUAUACAUAUAUAUCAGAAAGGUAUAAGGAACCAGCUCUGAUUCCUGAUCUGAGAUUGAGUACAUUAAAACGAAGCUGCAUUCAAAUUGGUACUAAUUCAGUUUAUUGAGCUGCUCAUCUCGAGGCUACACACGGUAUCUAACAAUUAUAAGUGCUUCUCAAAUCUUUGUUUUCAAAUUUGAUCCUGUACGAACAAUGAAAUGUGACUGAUGGGUCUCCGGGGACGGCGGCUGUGGUGUGAUGGUUUCAAAACGACUGGGAAAAAAAAAACCUUCAAUCAAGUGACCUGCCAGUUUGUGUUUCUCCUGUUGAAUGACUUGCCAAUGUGGCUUAUGUUCCCUCCUUUUUAAUUUUGUCUCCUAAUGCAAUGCAAUUUUCUUUCUGUGAUUUUUUUUUUUGUUCCUCCUGGAGGUUUUAAUGUGAAACAGCCGACACCUCCACACUGGCCUUGGGGGCCUCGUCUACAAUCACCACUACUAAUGAUCAUGUAAUUGUAGUGCUGACAGCGGAGACUUACUUGAAAGUGUUAAUCUUCAAUAAAGUUGAAGACAAGCGAGAA